AUGGGCAUGGAGCUAAAGAUGCCCCUGCACCAGGCUGGAGUCCAGUCGCUGCACGUGACGAAACUCCACCGAUGCCAGCGCAGCCCACCGCAAGAAACGUUAAUGGACACCAGGACAGCCACUGCGGAGCUGGGCUGGACGGCCAAUCCUGCUUCAGGGUGGGAAGAAGUCAGCGGCUACGACGAGAACCUGAACACGAUUCGGACCUACCAGGUGUGCAACGUGUUCGAGCCCAACCAGAACAACUGGCUGCUCACCACCUUCAUCCACCGGCGGGGGGCGCACCGCAUCUACACGGAGAUGCGCUUCACCGUGAGGGACUGCAGCAGCCUCCCCAACGUCCCCGGCUCCUGCAAGGAGACCUUCAACCUCUACUACUACGAGACCGACUCGGUCAUCGCCACCAAGAAGUCGGCCUUCUGGUCGGAAGCCCCCUACCUCAAAGUGGACACCAUCGCGGCCGACGAGAGCUUCUCCCAGGUGGACUUCGGGGGAAGGCUGAUGAAGGUCAACACCGAGGUCCGGAGCUUCGGGCCCCUCACGCGGAACGGCUUUUACCUCGCCUUCCAGGAUUACGGGGCCUGCAUGUCUCUCCUCUCAGUGCGCGUCUUCUUCAAGAAGUGCCCAAGCAUCGUGCAGAAUUUCGCCGUGUUCCCCGAGACCAUGACGGGGUCCGAGAGCACGUCCCUGGUGAUCGCGCCGGGCACCUGCAUUCCCAACGCGGAGGAAGUGGACUUGCCGAUCAAACUGUACUGCAAUGGGGAUGGGGAGUGGAUGGUGCCCAUCGGACGCUGCACCUGCAAGCCCGGCUACCAACCCGAGAACAGCGUGGCCUGCAAAGAACAAAAAGAACCUCAGGGUUUCUUCGCAAGCCCCGGAGAAUUUUCUAUCCUCACUGCUAGACCCGAUGAGUUCCCCGAUGUGUCCAGCCUAGCUCUUCUGUGUUGA